AUGGAGAUCAUGAUGAGACCUCCUCACUUGUUGGACCCCAACCCUCAAAGGCCCCCCUCCCCCGCGCAGCUCGUCGGACUGAGGCUCGGACCAUCUGGUUCUGGACGGGACUGCUGCGCCGCCAGCCGCUCCGCAGAUGGAGAGUUCAUCAUCAGGCCUCCUCUGGUUGACUGUGGGAGCAGAGUGACGGAGGAAGGCGGUGAGCAGCGGAGCCCGGAGGCCAACCUAGAUGCCCGUCAUCUCAGCCUCAAGACGGAUGACUGGAGCUGUGAGAGAAACUCACCUGUUUACUUCAUGAUUGAGAUGGUGAACAUCCUGGCCUCAGUAGACCACCACCAUCACCCUCCCCUCCGCCUGUACGCAGGCAGCUGCCUGGCCACCCUGACUCCUGACUCACACCCAAGAUACCCCUUCAUAGACCACCAGGAAUGUUUCACAGACUCCCAGCUGAGCGGCUCCGGCUCUCGCUUCCUGCCCCGGGUCCGGGACGACCUCCUUCACAUUCAGCUGGAGCCUUUCCUCUUCCAUCAGGACCGGAGACUCUCUGUCAGUGCCAAAUUUAAAUGCUCUACCAUUUCAAUUUCUGCACAGAUUUAAAAAAAAAUAGAAAAAGAAAAAAAGAAAAGAAAAGAAAUGCACAUCCUACUAUCCUCCCUGCAG